UGGCUCUCUCCCUCUUUGCCAAUAUUUGUUGGGGUGAUAAUUGGAGAGAGAGAGAGAGUGAGUGAGUGGGGAGUGUGAGAGGUAGAGAGGAACCCACCUCGGCCCCCUUUCUAGGAAACCAUACGAAGAGAGAAGAGAGAAGAGAGGAGAGGAGAGAGAGAGAGAGACACUGGUGGAAAGCAAAGGGUUAUAGCAGGAGGAGGGGAAGAGAGCAGCAGCAGAUAGGGACAAGGAGAUUGCUCAGAGAAGAAGGGAGAUCAAGGAGGAGGAGGGAGGUGGCGAUGAUGAUGGGGGAAGCGAGGAACAAACAGGUGGGGGGAAAUUUUCGCAGAGCAAAAAGAGAGAGAUAAAAAGGAAAGGGUCGUUAUUAUUGCACUGUUCAGAGCUUCUCUGCUACAACUCUCUCUCUCUCUCUCUAUCUCUAUCUCUUAUCUCUCUGCAGAAAUCAAGAAACCCUCCCUUUCUCUUUUCGCAGAAACAGCCAAAGCGCGGACAGAAGUAGGAGUAGUAGUAGCGUAGUCUCAGCAGUCGCAGCAGCAGCAGCAGCAGCUGCUACAGAAAUCAGAAGAAGCCCACCACAGACUCUUUGCUCAGUUCUCAAACCCAAAAACAUACUCUCUCUCUCUCUUACCACCAAACAGCAAUCAAGAUCGCUUCGUCCCUUUUUCUUUAAAUUCGCACGCACCCUUCUCUCUCUCUCUCUCUUUCUCUUUAUCUCUCUGUGCGCGUCUGAUGCGAUCUCAGACAGAGAGAGAGAGACAGACCCCACACUCAACACAUAACACCCACAUAGAUGCAUCCCUAGAUUGAGCUUCUCCCUCUCUCACCCAACUUUCCAUUUUCUCUCAUUCCCCCACUAUUCUUUCUCUCCCUCAAGAACCCACAAAAGAAAAAAGAUUCAAUUUUUCGAAUCCUAAGAAGACAAGAACAAGAAACUGCAAGAGAGAAAAGAAAAUUUCAGCAGCAGCAGUACUGAGUCAGUGCGUAGUUGUGGCUUCUUCCACGAGGAGGCUGCUCUCGGAGUCCGGCGCAUUCGCUGACUGGGUGGCCUCCUCCUCCGCCGCUGGCCGCGCCGCUGCCCCCGACGACCUCUCCCUCGGCUUCAAUGCCGCCCCUCUCCCGGGAGGCGCCUCCGCCUGGCCCGCCUCCUCCUCCCGCUCCGCCGUCAACUACAGCCUCCCGCCGGAUAUGGGCAUGGUCGGUCUCCGCGACGUCUUCGUCGUCGCCCCGGCCACCUCCUUCCACCCCACGAGCCACCACCACCACCACCACCACCACGACACCGUCAUCGCGGACUCAUCGAACGGCUCCAGCGCCUCGGCCGCCACUGCACUCGGCAUGGGCGUCGGCGUGGGAGUCAUCCCCCUCCUCACUGCCGCCCCGUGCCUUCCUCCGAACGCAGCCGAGGGCAACGGCGGUAAUUUGACGGCACGGAGCGGCAGAGCCGGCCCGGCGGCUGAAUUCCAGCUGUGGCAGAACCAGCAAUCUUCCCAUCAUUACUUGAAGAAAUCCGCUCCGAUCCUCGAUCAUGGCAAUUCCGGUAAUUUAAUGCAAAGCGGCGGCGGCGGGGGGAUCGGCGCGAGCUCUAGCAGCACGGCAACGUGCCAAGACUGCGGGAAUCAGGCGAAGAAAGACUGCAGCUACCGGAGAUGCAGGACUUGUUGCAAAAGUCGGGGUUUCGAUUGCGCCACCCACGUGAAGAGCACGUGGGUGCCUGCCGCGAGGCGGCGGGAGCGGCAGCUCAUGACCACCGCCGCCACAGCUGGCGGGACCGGCGGUUCUGCGUCCACUUCCGGAGCAAAGAAGCCGAGGCUCGUCGGCUCUCAGACAACCACCACUUCUCACACCUCGACCUCCAACACCACGCCCCCGAGGAGCUUCGACACGAGCUCGAGCCGCCAAGAUGCGAGCUUCAAAGAAUCGUUGCCGGGGCACGUGCGCGCGCCGGCGGUCUUCAAGUGCGUGCGGGUGACCUCGGUGGACGACGGGGAGGACGAGUACGCUUACCAGGCGGUGGUGAGGAUCGGCGGUCAUGUGUUCAAAGGGGUCUUGUAUGACCGAGGUGUCGAGGGGAGAGAAGACAUUCUGAACUUGUCGGAUCUGCAUUUAGGCGGCGGAGGCGGAGAUAGGAACGGGGCGUCAUCAUCGUCUCCGAUCAUGGAUCCUUCGGAUGUUUAUGCUGCUUCCGGGGGUGGAUUGCUUGGAGGCUCAAGCUAUGGUAACCCAAUAAAUUGAGACAAUGCCAUUUCUGGUUAAAUUGAGGAUUAGUUUUUAUAUUCAUCCACUCAUGGAAUGACAUUUGUAAUAUUGUUGUAAUUGUUCGCCUAUUAAUCGCUAAUCAACUCUAACCUGGGGUUCUAGUGAUUUGUUACUAGGUCUUAUAUAACAGACCUUGUUCCCUGUUAACACAUGUCUAUCUUCAUUAGCUUCACCUUAAAUCUGAGUACCGUCUCGACCUGAUCUUAUUUCUCUGGAAGUUCCCUCUGUAAUGAUGGUUUUAUUUGCUUUAUAAGCUAUUAAAAUGUGGAA